AUGGACCAGAGUGGGCAACAGGAAAGACAAGGAAGCCCCUCAGAUCCUUCCCAUAGGCCUUGGAAUGAUAGCGAAAUUAGGAUAUUCCUGAUGGAAUGGGAAGUCGUUGAACAAGAAGUGGGCCACAAAGGGCAAAAAACUUGUAAAAAAGUCAGGGCUAUUCGACAGCGACUCUGUCAGCGAGGCCUAAGGAAGACCUGGCAAGACUGUUUGCAACUGAUGACUGAUCUAAAGACCUUGCACUGGCGGCUCUCUCGUGAGAGAGCAGGGGUCGAACCCUUGUUUUCUCCAUAUUCGGAGCACCUCUACAGGAUCCUUGGUCACAGACAAGAGUGGAGCCCCUGCCCAGGACCUCUCUAUGACGGAGCUGGUAACCCCAUGCUUCACAUGUACUCUCAACCUCCAAUGGUUUGGCCAACUCCCGUGUACCAGCCUUGGGAUUAUGGCUUCCCUGUGCCUUCCGGAGAGCUUCAAGGGAACCCACCAACAAUGACGUACAGUGGGCAUUCUUGAUUUCCUGAUGGGAGACUUGAAAACAUUUGACUGU